AUGAACGUCGAUCUCGACGAUGACUUCGAAAUGAAUCCAUCGAAACUAACGUGUCCUGGUGAACCACUGACAUCCUCUCAGGCAUUCAUGCGUGGCCACGGAACGUAUGUGGAAGAUGAUGAAGUGAUCGCGUCAGUGGCUGGUGUCGUUGAACGCGUCAACAAGCUAGUAACGGUACGUGCGAUGCGGACGAGGUAUAAUCCCGAGGUCGGAGACCUCGUCGUGGGCCGCAUCAGCGAGGUCCAGCCAAAACGAUGGAAGGUUGAUGCUAACUCGCGCCAAGACGCUGUCUUGAUGCUGUCUUCCGUGAACUUACCUGGUGGACGGCGAAAGCUAGAAAGCGACGAAUUGCAAAUGCGCAACUUUUUCGAAGAGGGUGAUUUACUUGUCGCGGAAGUGCAAGCUUUCUUUUCCGACGGGGCGAUGUCCCUCCACACCCGAUCACUCAAGUACGGCAAGCUGCGAAACGGCCAAUUGGUCACUAUUCCGCCUGUGCUUGUCCGCCGCCUCAAAUCCCACUUUGUCACCCUUCCCUGUGAUGUUGACCUGAUCCUCGGUCUCAACGGUUAUAUCUGGGUGAGCAAGCACGUCAAAGUGACUGAACAAGAAGGCGAGGAAGGAUUCGAUACGGAAGCUGUGUAUUCGAAUCGAAAUGAUGAAAUCGACAACGCGACCAGGAUCGCUAUAUCCCGUGUGACGAACAUCAUUCGAGUUUUGGCAAAUCACUCUGUGCCAUUGACAGAUACGGUUCUCUUGGAAGCCUACGAGUGGGCAGUCGAACAUGACCUUAGUGUCAAGGAUUUACUCCAAGAGGAUGUUGGUGACUCCCUUGUUUCAAGUGUAAUCUACAGAUAA